AUGACAGGGGCGUGGGAGCUGGCUCUGGCGGGGUCCCUCCCUAAUGCCGGCGGAGUGUGUGAGGAGAGACGUUGCAAUGGUGGCCACACCCUUCCCAAGUCACUCCACAUGGUGCUUCCCUUCUGUGGCGGUCCGCGCUUCCCCCGCGAGCAUUCCUGGUUGCGGAGCCCCUCACACUCAUUCUCUCAGGCUGUCUCUCCGCAGACAAGAGCAGUGCCCUCUCUGGGUCUGCCCUCCAAACUGCACAUUCCAGCACCCAGGCCUGGCGUGCACCGACACCCAUCUCAGACGGGUGUGCAGGCCCGCGGCACGGACCAUCUGCGUAGGUCUCACUCUGUCCUGUCGGCCGCAAACCAGCUGCGGGGCUUGCUUCUGAGUCCCUGA